CUCACCAAUCAUUAAUUACAAAUAACAUCUCAAUUGUACUUCAGUGCAUCACUCCAUCGUCGGCCUACAGUUAUUUUAAUUUAUAUUCAUUAUAACAAUCCAAUUCAACAAUCAAUCAAUUGCAACAAUGGUUCGUUCAACAAUUGUAUUCGUAGUCAUCUGUACAAUAUUGGUAACAUUAAUCAUUGAAUCAGAAGCCCAAUUAAAUUUCUCACCAAAUUGGGGUAAACGCAGUCGAAACUCUGGUUUAAGUCUAGACGUCGAUGUAAACGAUGGUGCCAAAUGUAAAGUUUCGGUUGAUUCAUUAAUGCAAAUAUACAAGUUAAUUCAAAUGGAGGCACAAAACUGUGUAGCUAAGUAAUUUAUGGAAAUGUAAAAAUGAAGUUUGCUAAUUAAAAAUUACACAAUUACAAUCUAGUCAUGUAUUUUACUUAUUAUGCAAUUUCAAAAAUUGUAUAUUUACAAAAUUAAAAAAUAUGAU